AAAUAGUAAAGGUAAGAACGAAUAGUAAUGCACAAUUGAGAUCGUAAAGAGCGUAACAAUAAUUGGGGCUAGUAGUUUUCGCUAUGAGGAGGUGUAAAAUAGGGUUUUCUUGAGUUCAUUUAAAAGCUUUAAGUGUGGAGUAGUCUGGCGGUUACUCCAAGUUUUCCUGUCUUGACAUCCGGACCACCCUACGCCAACCAUGUCGUCCAAACGCAAGUCUGAGCCCACCAAGAGAACGGUGAAGCGCCCCAAGAAGCGCCAAGACGGUGAUUUUGAGUCAGACUUCAGUGACAGCAGCGAAGGGCUCGAUGGGGCCAAUCAGAAUCAGCCCGUUGAGGUCCUCAUACCCAGUGAGCAAUUCGAACCCACUGUGAAGCUGCCGGCUGAGCUGCUGCAGACGCUGGAUAAAGAACCUGGACGUCUUAUGAUUGCUGGCUUUGUUACUUGGGAUCUCACUGGACGUCGUGACACCAAGAACAAAGUCACCAAAGUUCGUCCCAAUCUCUAUGUUUUCCAUCGUUUCACAGAAGAAAAGUAUCGUUUAGUUGUAAGUGGCUGUGCUGCUGCACACUCAAUUCUCAUCAACAUGGAUCGUAAGGCCCUAGCUUUGGGUCGCAAUCAAUUUAAUCAGCUCGGUUUGCCGGAUACAAAGAGCUUUGAAAAACCCACCCUUGUGCCGGGACUUGAGAAUAUGAAUGUGAUCUCGGCUGCGUGUGGCAGAAACCAUACGCUCUUCCUCACUGACACGGGUACCGUGUACGCCUGUGGCGAAAAUAAGUGUGGUCAGUGUGGUAUUGGCAGCAACACUCCCGUUGUGGCAAAACCAACGCGGAUUAACUAUCAGGGACCGCCAAUUGUAAAGGUGGGCUGUGGUGCAGAAUUCUCCGUGAUAUUGGACAUCAAGGGGAAUUUGCAUACAUUCGGACUGCCCGAGUAUGGUCAGUUGGGUCAUAAUACAGAUGGUAAGUACUUCCAGACCAACACGAAGAUGUCCUUCCACUUCGAGAUGUCCCCAAAACGCAUUGUGCUGUACAUUGAAAAGUCCAAAGAUGGUCACGUUACACCAAUCGACAAUGUUCAGAUUGUAGAUUUCUCAUGUGGCAACAAUCACACUGUUGCAAUUGAUGCUCAAAAGAGAGCAUAUAGCUGGGGCUUUGGAGGUUUGGGUCGUCUUGGGCAUGCUGAGCAGAAAGAUGAGAUGGUACCACGUCUCAUUAAACUCUUUGACAGCCAAAAUCGUGGAGUUCGCAGUGUUUAUUGUGGAUCAUCGUAUAGUUUGGCUGUAAAUGAUAUUGGAGUACUAUUUCUCUUUGGGCAGAAUAAAAGAACUGGUGAGGCCAAUAUGUACCCAAAGCCAGUGCAGGAUCUCGCUGGUUGGAAUAUCACGAGUAUUGGCACUAGUUACACGUCAAUCGUCAUUUCGGCCGAUGAUACUCUAAUUGCAUGGGGAGCUUCGCCAACUUUUGGAGAAUUGGGCCUUGGAGACCUUCAGAAGUCUUCUAGCACACCCAAGGAAGUUUCUCGUUUGGAGGGCAUGAAGAUACCUCAAGUAACCAUGGGCUAUUCACAUACCCUCAUUCUCGCCAAUACCGAUCAUGAACUCACGCGUGAGAAGUACGAGAAACAGCCUGAAUUUGAUGUCGAUGAUUAGGAUAACCUCAUCACUACCGCCCCAUGUAUACUCGUCCCCAAGAGACACACACACACCUCAUGAUUAAAAAUAAGAAUCACAUUUUCAAUGCAAAGAAACAAUCUCUAUAGACACGUGACUAAGGUGACAACAAGGCUGAUAAUGUGAGAUUUUCUGAAUAUAUUGAGAAGAGCAGCAUAAUCUCCUGGGACCUCUUUAAUGUAAACAAUUUAUUCAUUUUUAUUCAGAGAAGUCUUAGAAUCCAAAUAUCUACCUGUUUUUUCUUUCUUAAAUUAUGAUCUAAUGUUUUAUGUAGUAAUUUGUAUUUAUAAGAAAAUUUUUUGUUAGUAUACGCCAGUGGAAAGCCUUCCUUGAUUGCGAGUGACUGUCUUCUGGCGUUACAGUGAGAUUGAAUAUUACUAAAAUUAAUUCUCUUUUAUUUGAAAAAUGAUUCCCUUAAUGGCUUUCUUAUUUUUUUUUGUGAAAAAUUCAUAUAAUAAAUCAUCUUGGGAGAUUACAUUAAA